AUGGCGCUCAGGGGGACCUGGCAAGCACAACUCCGCAAGACGACUGCAAUCCCAAACCUGAGAAAUGAGCGAUACGAUCUGUUUCCGCUACAGGAAGUACAGGCCUUGACUGACAACUUACUGCGGACGUCGUGGCAUAGGCCUGCCGGUCUGCUCGCACGCGGCAUCGAGCCUCAGUCACCUGAUUGCGAGCAACUGCUCAUCCUUGAGAUGAAAGAACUCAAGGAUGAGGUCUUUACACAAGAAGCAGGCCUUUUGGCUUGUUUGCAUGCAUUUACGCCAGAGAUAGCCUACGGACAGAUCGUCAGUUUGCAACAGAGAAGCGAGGUGUCGGACGAAUUCUUCCUCCGCCGAGCGAGAGCCUACUUGCAGUGUCUAAUACUCGCGUACAAGGUGCGACCAGAAAUCUUUCCCUACGAAGGUACCCCCGUCGCGGCAAAAGAGUUGUUUGAAGUAGUCAAGGACCAUGGGACGCGGGAGGUCUUCCCUCCGGUCCUGCGGGUUCUCACAGCGGUUGGGGAAAAGUCGUGUGAGGACUUUUUGCCAGUGACAUUUGUCCGCAAGACACUGCAGUGCGUCAGCUAUAAAGAAAAUCUCGACAAAGAACUACAAGAGCUUCUGAAGACUCGGAGUCUCUUCUCCGCUUAUCAACUGGUGGAUGGAUUGAGAAAACUAUGUCGUCUAGAAAUGCCUGGUCGGCUCCUCGAAGAAGUUUUCCCCAAUAUCCCCUUGUGGGCAUCCUGGGCCCCAGAUCGCUGCAGAAUUCGUGAGUGGGAAGCGCCCAUUCUUAAUCCGUACCGGAAUGCUUUGGCUGGUAUUUUCGACCUCGAGGGACCAGACACUACGGGCAACCAGCUACCUACCCUUCGGCAAUCCAGCCCAGGUAUCUUCGGCCAGCAAGUCUACCGCCUCCCUUCGAGCGACGACGGAUUUAUUCUUGACCACCUACUGUCGGUGUUCGAUUCCGCAAUCGAAAAUGGCGUCGAUUCUAUCCAACUUUUUGUGACCGUUUGUGUUGAGCCCAAGGCGAUCAACUGGCCAGCCCUCGAACGAACCGAAGCAGCGUUGGAGCUGACACCGAUCUCCCGCAUUCGAAAGCUCAAUCACUUACUACGUGUGAUCGGCGGGAAUGAUUUAUUUGAGAAAAUACAGGCUAUUUCUGCCGCGCUGCCUAUAAUCAGUUCUACAGCCCGACUGCAGAGAGCCUUUGGCAAUGCUAUCGACAUCGCACAUCGCGGGCCUCGUAUCCUGUCCCAGGCGCAGCUGCAUUUAUGUGAAAAGCUGGAGGCUCAAAAGCCUAGCGAACGGUUUGCAGUACAUGUCGUCCGCCUGGGUCGGGCUCUCGCCUCCGCCACCUGGCUUCAUAGCUACUGGAAAGAAGGCUACCUCAAGAUGCUGCGGCAUAUACCUACCGAAGCCACCGUUUCUGCCAUCUUCCUCAUGAUGGACACUGCAUCUCCGGACAUCUACCAAGAAUAUCGCAACGUCAUUGCAGCUCGAGUCUGCGCCAGCAAGCCCGUCGGACUAUCCCCAACAGCAGUGGAUGUAGUCGCGUUCACUCUCUCGGUGGAUGACCCAAUAUGGUCUGCGCCACUUGAUGGCGACCGCAACAGCCUACGCAUCUUGUUUCUCCGAGAUAUGAUGCGGGGAUUCGACCCACUGGAUGCGAAAGCAUGCGUCAAGCAGUCCCAGAAGGAACACGACACAUUUGUUCAUGAAAUGUGCGACUUGGUCGGAGCGGACACGGACUUGGCCUGUGUGAACCUUGCUGCGUACCUCGCACGAUCCAUGAUCAAGGGAGACCGCGUCCGUCCUCCCGCCGAGUGUUGGCGACGAUUACUGAUGCGGAUGAUGCGCCGCAGACCCCCCGGCCUGCUCGAACGUUGUGGAGAGGCAUUGACGUCGACGACAUGGCUGGAAUGGAGACGACACUUGCAACUGCUGUACGGUACCAGACACUACGACCCUGAAGGAGGGCUUGGAUUUACACCGGAAAGGUUCAAUGCAAUUUCAGCGCGGAAGAUUGCGGUUGGAAGGAUGGAAAGCACAAGCACAUAUUCUACGUCAGGUACGGGCGGGAUAAUGGAUUGAGGACGGC